AUGCUAUUUGAUCAGCCAGGGAUCAGAUUAGUAGGAAUGGAAUGGACAGUUUGUUUGAUUCUGGGAUGUUUGGGCACCAUCUUUACCACCGGGAAUUUCGAUUUUGCCAUACAUCCUUCCGAACCGCUGUUAAAACCUUACGAUCAGCACUCAGGCGUUCAAAGUGAAGACGUCAAUUUCAAAGAACUUCACGAAUAUCUUGCUCAUCGUGAAAGUCGUGGCUUCCCUUCAGCUGGCCUGAGAGGUCAAGCAGAUCAUCCAGUGGCUAAUGAAAGGCCUGGCGCAGAUAUCUUGACUGAACCUCUGAAAGCUGAUACAAAAUAUCUGAUGGAAUCUCCAGGAGUUUGCUCACUAGAACUCUUGACCAGCGAGGGUUAUGGCGGCAGUCUCAACAUGGUAUUCCAAGAUGAACUGACAAGUAAACAUCCCAUCACUCCGGAAUUUUUAGAAAACGAUUUUGUUACUGGCAUAAGGGACACAUACACCCCAGAAAAUUUGGACCAGUUGAGUCCCUGCAAGGUAAUGGAUGAGUUGAUUGGUUGUAAUCUUGAUGAUUAUCUCGAUCUCAUGGAAACUGGUGCGCUACUUCAAUCUACCUAUGAAGCGGUCAAGGGCCAAUUCUAA